UCGUGCAAGUUGUUUUUAUCUUUGGAAGAUUCUGUAACAAUUUGUUAUCUUAGUUUAUGCGAGAAUACAAUUGUAAUUCGUUACCAUAACCCUGUUUAUAUGUCAAAGGUCUGAAUUUUACGAUCGCUAUAAAAAUAAUAUUAUUAAAGUAUUUUUUUAUGUAGAGUGUACAUGACAUUCUUCCCAUAUACCUACAGCGCAAUAGUACACCUAUUCUCUCGAUAAGAAAGUACUGUUAACUGAGUAUCAUUCUAGUUUGAAGCAAGAUUACACGUCUAUGAUGGAAAUUUCAUUUAAAGGAAAAAGAGUGCUUGUUACCGGUGCUGGUCAAGGAAUCGGCCGCGGUAUUGCUAUUGAAUUAUGGCGAGCUGGAGCCAAAGUGGUAGCUUUAUCAAGAACAAGAUCUCAUUUGGAGAGUCUGCAGAACGAGUACCCUUCCAUAGACAUAGUGGACGUCGAUGUAGCUGACUGGAACAAAACUCGUGAAGUGGUUGAAUCUCUUGGCCAUUUCGAUGCGUUGGUUAAUAACGCAGCUAUGGCUAUUUGUGAACCCUUCUUGGAAUGCACGCCUGAUGCCUUCGAUAAAAUGACAAGCAUUAAUGUGAAAUCCAUUAUUAACAUAAGCCAAGUUGUGGCCAAAAAGAUGAUAAGCAGCAAAACAAAAGGAGCAAUCGUCAAUAUUUCUUCGCAAGCUUCUAAGGCGGCACUAAAAGAUCACACUAUAUAUUCAGCAUCAAAAGCAGCUUUGGAUGCAAUCACUCGCUCUAUGGCCCUAGAACUAGGACCUUACGGUAUCAGGACAAAUGCCGUUAACCCAACCGUGAUCAUGACGGCUAUGGCCAAGGUUGGCUGGUCAGACCCCGAGAAAGCUCAUGGAAUGCUUUCGAAAAUACCUCUGGGAAGAUUUGGUGAAGUCUCUGAAGUAUCUGAUGCAGUACUCUAUCUUCUAAGCGAUAAGGCUAGUAUGAUCAACGGAGUCGAAUUGCCUAUCGAUGGUGGAUUCUUGGCUACGUGAAUAUAAAAUCAAUGAAAUUUAUAUAAAGAGCAAGGGCUAUUGACUAUAUCAAUAUAUUAUUUUCUUAUUAAAUUUUUAAGCAUUA